CUGAAUCCCUAGGUGGUUAAGCUUCAACUCCAUUGCAUAGCAGCUCCCCUGAUCGUCGGAUCGUGAAAGACUUAGAUUAUCGUCUGGCAAUGGCUGUUGCAUUUUACAAUCUCAACUCAGAUUCUGGUCUGAAGAAGCUUGAUGAGUACCUCUUAACCUGUAGUUAUAUCACUGGGUACCAAGCCUCUAAGGAUGAUAUCACUGUGUAUUCAUCACUAGGGAAACUACUAUCGUCUGAAUACAUAAACGCAUCUAGGUGGUAUAAGCACAUUGAUGCGCUUCUGAGAAUCUCUGGUGUAUCUGGAGAAGGCUCUGGUGUUAAAGUAGAGGGCUCUACUCCUAUCACCGAGCCAGUGACAACUCCUCCUGCCGCUGAUGCUAAGGCCACAGCUGCAGAGGAUGAGGAUGAUGAUGAUGUAGACCUAUUUGGUGACGAAACUGAAGAGGAAAAAAAUGCUGCUGAAGAGCGUGCUGCAGCUUUGAAGGAUUCUGGAAAGAAGAAAGAAUCUGGCAAGUCCUCAAUUAUUUUGGAUGUAAAGCCAUGGGAUGAUGAGACUGAUAUGAAGAAGCUUGAAGAAGCUGUUCGAACUGUUCAGAUGGAAGGAUUGUUUUGGGGAGCAUCAAAACUUGUCCCAGUUGGAUAUGGUAUAAAGAAGCUGAAAAUCAUACUUACUGUGGAUGACUUGGAAUCUAUCUUUGAUCUCGUUGAGAAUUAUUUGACAGUCGAACCAAUUAACGAGUAUGUUCAGAGCUGUCAUAUUGUGGAUUUCAUAUAAAUAUGAAAUUAUUACUGCAUGGAGGUGAUAGAGAUGAGUGAUGAAAGUUAGAUCUGGUACGGUCCAUCUGUUUUGUUCCUUUGGAUGGAUUUUAUGAAUAGUUGGGUAGUUUUCUUGAAAGGGUUGGAAUUUUGCACUUGAUGAAUGCAAAUACGAUAUCCAAGUUAUUUCUUUAGAUAUCUGCAUAGCUACAACACUACAAUGUUUCCCACCAGUACAUUUUGCAACAUUGACGCAUGAGUUGAGAUUUGAAAUCACCUAUUUAAAUUUUUACUCAAUCAUCUCACAUUUACCUGGUGUUGGUUUAUUUUCAAGAUUACAAAUCUCACAUUUUAAGGAGGCUUACCUAUAGAAAUCCUUAGAGUGACCUGAUAGGGUAAAAACACUUAUGUGUAGUGAUUUGUCUACCAUGGAGGUCUACCUUCAUAUUCACUAUGAUUAAGAAAUAAACGGUUAAACCCGUGAGUUUGAGUUUUAAAGAUCUUUUCUGCAUAUAGAGCAUGGGUGUUUUGAUUUUUUAGAAAGUAAGACAUGAAAAAAAUAGGACUGGGGACCGUUAACUGGUCGAGGCCAGCAUGUUUAUCAGGACGAUUAAUCGUGGAAUAUUUUUCAAAAUGCAAAUGCUCUAUUGCCAAGAUACUCAAGAAUUUGCAGUAAUCCAAUCUUCAAUUAAUUGACAAAGUGCAAUUUAUUUCUACGUUAGAUUUGCUAAAUCUGUGCUUGCUAUGUGCGAUGUGUAAAAACUAUGAUUUGACUAAAAAGGUAAAGUUUUCAUUGCCAAAAGAGGAACUCAGUAUUGUCUAUCUAUGGUCGAUACACCAGAAAGAGUGAUAUGAAGACAAGUUGCAGAAGCAGCUAUAACUCAGUAAAAAUCAAAUCUACAGAAGUCAAAAGCACAUUCUCCAGCAUCUUCUCUUUCUUAAAUCUCUGUUACCUGCUUCCACCAUCUUUGCAGGGCUGCCGUUCCACUCUGAGGUUAAUCUGUAUGAUAAAGUAUUACCUUAAUAAACAGUUGCGAUUGAGGUCACGCCUGAGAAAUAGUUUUGCUGAAACUUACACAGGAAAUGCAAAAGAUUUCGUGCUGUUGGUGCUACUGGAGCGAACUGAGAUGUUAUCAUUACAUUGCUUGGAUGCUGAGACCACUAUAACAUUCGAGUCUUCAAAAUCUGGAAGCUUUUCAGUAUUCUGACUUGCAAACAAUGAUGCUAAACUUCUCAUUGGCGUUCCAUCUUCAAUGCUUGAGCUCUUUUUGUCCUUUGAAUUUGGUUGUGAUCCUUCUCUAAAAAUUGAAUCAGCUCUCCAUCCAAACUCUGCUCCUUUGGCAAAGGAUGGCUAAAAGAAAUGGAGUUCCUUUCUGCUCCCUCGUACGAUUCAGGCUUGGAUUCAGAAACAUGCAACACUUUGUUCUCUAAUUCUGCAUUAUGAUCCAGCUCAUAUUUAAGCAUGUAAUAAAUGUUAUUGUGGUUCAGCUCACAAUUUUCCAGAGAACAUUCUUCCCCAUCCAUACAGGUGUCCUUGAAAACUUGAUGAUUGCUGUCUUGAAGUAAAACAACUGAUUCGCGUAAUCUGCACUCCAUAUCAUUCAGAUCUUACAAAUUCAGUUGUAUGCUCUAUUUUUCUGCCAAUCUUUCUCUUCCUUCUGCUAAGGAAGAUUGCAUCUUUCUCUGCAGCAGAUAAACGAAAUGUCCUGUUCUCACCAUAACAGCAUUCGAUCACAAAAGAAAUCUAUUCUAAUAGACAAAUCAUAGGUAACAAUGUAACAUGCUAUGAGGGAUUGUGCGAUAUCUGCAUAACCUGAAAUUGAACAAGGGAUACUUGUUCAUGCAAAGAAAUAAUAUCCAAGUAGUACAGCUUCACCAAUUUUCACUGUGGUAAUAUUUUUAAAUAACAAAAAAAAAAAAAAAAAAAAAAAAAAAA